UCCGCAUUCUUUUUUUUACUCCUCUCAAAUUGGAAUUGCAAAGGGCAGAACCCUAGGUGUCGCCUGAGAAUGUCGACGUGGCGAAUAUUUUCCGGUGACCGGAACGAUUUCCGGUGGGAAACCGCCGAUCAACAGCUCCGCAUUGAAGAAUUCUCCGACGCUGUGGCUGAGGACACUCGUCGUCUCCCUUCCAUGGCCGAUCUACUGCUUCUAGGUUCUUCAAAGAUAUUGGAGAAUGGGAGGAGAGAUGUGGAGGAGCAACCGACUUUUCGAACGGGAUUGGGGAAAUCUGUGGAGGUGAAGCAGUCGUCAAUCGCGAGAGCACGUUCUGUUCUUGGCGAAGUGGAUUACACGUUGACUGAUUCUGGCCACUCGGAUGGAAGAGAAAAGGGAUUUGCUACAUUUAGACCAAUAUCUAACAUGAACUCAAUGGAAUCAGCUGUUAUGUCAACUUCUGCAUUUCAUAGUGCAUCAGAAAAUGUUACUCAGAUAUCAAAUUCCAUGUUUCAGACGGGCUCGGGGAAAACAGUGAACAUAUCUUCAGCUGGCUUGCUUAGGGCAAAAGCUCUGUUAGGCUUAGAUGGAACUUAUGAUCAAGAACAGACAGCAAAACAGUCAAUUUCUACAGAGCUCCUUGCUUCAGACAAUCCAUCUCAUUUGGAGACCCGGAAACUGGGUAAUUUUAUUCUCAGUAGUUCAACCAGGGUUCUAGCAUCUUCUAAAGUGAAGUCUAUUCCUCGUGCAAGUGAAUCCAUGAAGUUUCCUAAAUGCAUGAAUGCUGUUUCUGAACCUCCACAAGUUAAAUUUCAAACUGCUGGUGGAAGAUCCAUAUCAGUUUCCAGCGAUGCAUUAGAGCGAGCUAAAAGCUUGCUAGGAAACCUUGAGGUUGAUUCAUUUUUAAAUGAAGCAAGCACAGCCGAUCCACUAUUCUCAGUAAUUGAUGGGAAACCCAGUCGUUUAUCAAACCAAAAAGGUGACUUUACCACACCAUUACUGCACAAAGGGAUAGAAAAUAGUGACCAUCCCUUGAAAAUUUUUACAUCUUCUCCUAAUUCAAGUUCAUACAAGAGAAACUCAUUUGGUAAGUCUGAGAGGCUAGAACCAGGACAUAACUUGAUUGCACAGUUUGAUGCGGAGGCGGAACUCAACUCUUCUAAAAGGCCUUAUAAUGGCUUUACUGGAGAUAGAAAGCCCCCUAAGAAAAAUUCACACUCAAACACGGAUUGUUUGGAAUAUGCAGUUCUGCCAAAAAGUGAUCCCUCAAAGAGCUCAUCCAACAAGGCUUUGGUGGAUAUCUCAAAUACUAUGAAUAUAGAUAAUAAGCAAUGUUUUGGAGAAAAGAGAAGACUUCGAGGGAUUAGUUCUGUUUCACCAUUCAAGAAGCCCCGGAGUUCGUUUGUUACCCCGUUAAAGAAAACUAACUUGUCAGAUAUUGAUGUUUUGUCUAGGCUAGCACCAAAAGAGAUCCCGUGUAACCAAAGGGUUUCCUUGAGAUACCCUUCUCAGGGUCCGCGGGUUUAUCUUAAAGAGUAUUUUUCACGGCCUCCACUUCAGGAAAAGUUGGGUAACUUGCCAGAAUAUGUGAAGAGGAUGGACCCAGUUGCUGCUGAAAGUUAUACACUCCAGAACAAAAUGUCUUCAGAAUGCAUUGGACCUGAAGCUUUCUACUCAAUGCUAUCACAGUCUGGAGCUUCUAUCCAGCACUUGACCAAAGAGUGGGUUGCGAAUCACUAUAAGUGGAUCAUUUGGAAAUUGGCCUCUUAUGAGAGAAGCUAUGCUGAAAAAUUUUCCGGAAAACUUUUGAAUGUCUCUAGUGUGCUUGAAGAAUUACAGUACAGGUAUGAGAGAGAAGUAAAUCAUGGACAUCGAUCCUUAAUCAAAAAAAUGUUAGAUGGUGACAUACCACCUUCUUCAAUGAUGGUACUUUGCGUUUCCUCUAUCCUUGAAGAUUCUGACCCACAGUGUGGAAAUCAGUCUGUUCCCCAGGAAGGUGGCUAUGCUAAUGCAUCCAGAAUAGAGUUGACUGAUGGAUGGUAUUCUGUGAAAGCUCUGUUGGAUGAACAGCUAUCUCAGAAACUUGCUUCAAGGAAGUUAUUUCUGGGCCAGAAGAUUAGGAUCUGGGGAGCCAAACUGUGUGGGUGGCUUGGGCCUGUUUCACCCUUUCAGGCAUCACAGACUAUAAGUUUGUUAUUGCACAUAAAUGGUACAUAUAGAUGUCAUUGGGCUGAAAGAUUGGGACUGUGCAAGCGUGCUGGUGAUCCAUUGGCAUUCAGAUGUAUCAAGGGGAAUGGAGGGGUGGUCCCCAGCACUUUGGUGGGGGUUACGAGGACUUAUCCAGUUCUUUACAGAGAGAGGUUGAGUAAUGGGAGUUUUGUCGUGAGGUCUGAGAGGUUGGAAGCUAAAGCUUUGCAGUCAUACAACCAGAGGCGUGAUCUUCUUGCUGAAGGAAUCAUGUCAGCAUUUCAAAGGGAUACAGAAUUUGAUGUUGGAGAUGACCAUGAACGUGAAGAGGGGGCUAAGCUUAUGAAGUUACUUGAGACAGCUGCUGAGCCAGAGGUUCUCAUGGCUGGGAUGAGCUCAAAACAACUAGCUUCUUUUGCUUCUUACAAAGCUAAGUUGGAGGCAAAGAGGCAGUUAGAAAUCCAAAGAUCGAUUGAGAAAGCUGUGGAGGAUGCUGGGCUUGGGGAGAGACAGACCACUCCAUUUUUGCGUCUUAAAGUGGUUGGUUUGAUGAAAAAGGGUCAAAGAGAGUGUAGUCCACUGAAAGGCUUGAUAACGAUAUGGAAUCCAACUCAGAAACAGACACUAGAGCUGCGUGAAGGGCAGGCAUAUGCUGUUGGAGGUCUUGUGCCAUCUAGCUCCGAUUCAGGCAUCCUUUACUUACAAACAAGAGGAUCAACUAGUGAUUGGUUACCUUUGUCCUACACAAUGAUGGAACAAUAUGAGUCAUUUUUCGUUCCACGUUCAUCAACUACAAUAUCAUGUUUGGGAGAAGUUCCUCUCUCCAGUGAGUUUGACAUGGCGGCUCUCGUUGUCUAUGUGGGAGAGGUGUAUAGACAAGGCUGCCAGCAAAAGCAGUGGGUAUUUGUGACAGAUGGAUCCGCAGCUAUAGAGGGAUCACCAGAUGUAUUGCUGGCUAUCAACUUUUGCUUACCUUAUGUUGAAUUCGACUCAUCCGUGCCAAUGAACUCCAGCAUUGCUGGAUCUGUGGUUGGGUUCUCUAAUCUCAUCAAGAGACCUAGAGAUCAAGUAAAUGGCUUGUGGGUUGCUGAAGCUACAGAAAACUCAGAUUAUUUUCUAAGUUAUGAUCACGAGGUUCGCCAACAUCUCAAAGAUGCUGCUGCUUCAGUCUCGAAAUGGGCAACUCCCUCGUGCUUGAUAGUUGAGAAGCUGAAGGGAAGAGUCAUGUCUAUUAUCAGAAAUUCAAAAAAUAGACAUAUUUAAGCACAACGACAUCGUAUUGAUCCUUGAUCACGCGCAACACUGCAUGAAAAAUAUGCUACACGCUGAGAUCGAGUUCCAGUUCGAGAUCGUGUGUUUUUGAACUGAUUUCUGGUUGGCAGAUUAAAUUCUUGGCUUAUUAUUAUGUGUAGUUUGUAGUUAUUUUUGUAUAGUCUCUCAAAUGUGGGAGAAUAAAGUGCUACUACGAAGGCAUACACCAAUGUAAAUUGCGUUUUUCUUGAGAAAAUUGUAUCUGAUAUAUCAUCAGCUUAUUGCAUACUUUAAUUCAGUUUCAAUAUUCCAAAUAGAAUUUAAAUAUUUUA